GAUCGCGCCCGACAAGCAGAUCGUAAGCGGCCUAGCCCAAGGAUUCGAGCUGAGCCACGUCUUCGGUCAGGACGGCACGUCGGCGGAGCUGCGCUCCGCUGACGGCGAUUUCGGAUCCAGCGAGGUUUGGAUCGGAGCCCGAGAGCUUGGUGGUGUUCGCUGCAUCCGGUUUGUGCAGGAGCCUUCCACACCAGCGGGAGCCAAGCAGAGUGGGGUGGGCUGCCGGCCACUCUCGAACCUGGAAGUGCAGAUUGGUGAUUUUGAUGGCGGCAACUGGAAAACGGUCGCCUCUGUUCCAUGGAGUGUGAAGAAGGAUGGUGUCAACACAUUCCCGAAUCUGGACCGCGCUGGUGCGGCCGUGUUCACCCUCGACACGUCCUUGGCGCCGCCCAAGACUCUCACGUGCGUCUUCCAGAUCAAUGACCAUCUGAGAUCCAUUCUGUAUGGUGGCGUUGACUUGAUGUCGCUGGCCGGGAUGGGCGAAGGAGAUUCCGAGAAGCUGCGCAUCAUCAGCUUUGCGGUAAAGCCAGGCGCCUACCUCGUCAUCACGGGCGAAGAUGCUGAGGGCGACUUCCACGACACAGGCGGUUUCUGGGCAGACUGUGGCAGCGCGGCUCCGGGAUGGGAUUUGCAGAACAGAUGGGAGCUCUACUGUAGCAACAGCAAGAUCGACGUGGCCCACCGCGAGGGUGCCGGGCCGGGCUGGGUGAAGCCUGGCCCUAACAGCUACAAGGCAAAAGCGAAGCGAAUCUUCGGCGCCGACAAGGCAUCAAUCGGUUCUGAAGCUGCCCGGUAUUGCUCCUUCCGUAUGCUGCCCAAGCCGGCGGUGACCUUCCGAACUCUGCACUCCAAAGGCCUCUUUGGACAGAUCGAGCUGAACAUGGAGGAAUUCAACACCCGCUUCCGCGAUGCAGGAACUGGCAUUCUGCGACGAGAGUGCCAGGACUGCGCGGACAGCCACAAGAAGAUCUACAUGAGGCGCAAGAAGGGCCUUGACACGUGGGACGCCUACGGCGGAGUUGUGGCCACCUGGUCAGAACAAGGACUCCACACAGACUUUGACCUGUACUCGAUGCCCUGGAUGACCGCCACGCAUGGCUCAGAUGCGACGGCGUCGGCAAAGAUGUUGGAUUCCCUGGAAACUGCGCGCCUGGAGAGGCCGGCAUCAAUGGGCAAUGGACCGGAUAAGGAGAAGAGGGCAUAUGCACAACUGCCAGAGGUGCCGACAGAGCCGCAAUGGACGUCUCUCUCACCAGGAGAGGGGCGGCAAAACUACAAGUAUGCGGUCUAUCAGGUCGGAGAGCGGAACGUACUGAACUUUGCGUUUCAUGGAGAUGGGCUUUGUAGCGGCGUGCCACUCCGUGCCACUUUGGGCGUUGAGUCAACCGAGGCCUGCCAGGAGCUUUGUGCUGAGGAGGAGGAUUGCGUUUUCGUGAGCCAUGGCGAUCCGACAACCUUGUCAUGUAUGCAGUUUGGCGGUGCAAGCUGCGCCGCAUUGCAGUUUCCUGCUUGUGACGCUCAGAGCUGCGGCUUCCAGACCUUUACAAAGCAGCGCGAUGACCGAGUCAACUGCGAGUUUGUGCUGAAUGACCAGAUUGAUUCCGUUUUCUAUGGUGUGAACGUCACGGACCUUGUCACCCCCACUCCUGGUGGAGCUGCUACCAAGCGGGUUGGUGUGGUCGCCAAGCCAGGUGAGUACCUCAUCAUCACAGGCCACAGCAAAGCAGGAGACAUGAAAUUCCGAGGUGGUUUCUGGGCAGAUUGCGGCGCAGCUCUACCUCCACGGCGCCUGGAUGAGCUCUGGGACUCCUUCUGCUCAGAUCCUGGGGCCUGA